AUGACAAGGAAGAAGGUUAAGCUUGCUUAUAUCACCGAUGAUUCAGCAAGGAAAGCCACCUACAAGAAAAGAACGAAGGGUUUGGUGAAAAAACUUAGUGAGUUGAGUACCCUUUGUGAUAUCGAUGCUUGUUCUAUCAUGUACAAUCCUUAUGAGUCCCAACUUGAGGUUUGGCCUUCCCCCAUGGAAGUCCAACAGGUGCUUUCCAAGCUCGAGACAAUCCCCGAGAUGGAGAAAAGUAAGAAUAUGUUGAACCAGGAGAGUUUCCUCUCCCAAAAGACCACCAAAGCAUCUGAGCAGCUAAAGAAGCAUUGCAAGGAAAACUGGGAAAAGGAGAUGACCCAGGUCAUGUUCAAUACGAUUUGUGGCAAAGGGGUCAUCCAUGGUUUGAACUUUGAGGCCUUGAGUGUAAUCAACUUGUUGCUCGAUAAAAAAAUGAGUGAUAUUGACAAGAGGAUUGAUGCACUUUCUAGGACACCCCUCAAUCCUCAAUGGGUGUCAUCAUCAUCAUCCUCGUCCCUGGUUGCAGUGCCCCCGAUGAUGAUGGUAGCACCCGAAGCGAUGCCGAGGACAGGUACGGAAGAUAUUGUGCAAGAAGAUGUGAACGAAAUGGAUCAAAUACAGAGGCAACAAUGGAUCAUGGAACUAAUGAGCAACAACAACAACAACAACCCUCAAACUCAUGUGGGAGGCGAUGGGAUGAUGUACCAAUUUGGUGACAACAUCAACUCUAACAAUGGCCUUUAG